UUUCUUUGGUUUCACAUCGGGAACUUUUGAAUGCGACACCGCUGACACUGGGUCGUCAUUCAUCCUUGGUUAUCGAAAACAGUGGCGAGGGUGUACAGGACUGUGUUAAAAGGUCUUCGGCAUGGAGCUAGCUCACAGUCUACUGCUCAAUGAAGAUGCCUUGGCCCAGAUCACUGAAGCAAAGAGGCCUGUCUUCAUCUUCGAAUGGCUCCGCUUCCUGGAUAAAGUGCUUGUGGCAGCAAAUAAGGUGGAUGUAAAGGAGAAGCAGAAGAAGCUGGUGGAACAGCUGACAGGCCUGAUCAGCAGUGCCCCUGGACCACCGACAAGAAAACUGCUGGCCAAAAACCUUGCUACCCUCUACAGCAUCGGCGACACCUUCACUGUUUUCCAGACUCUGGAUAAAUGCAAUGAGAUCAUCAAAAGCAAGGAUGACACACCUGCGUACUUGCCAACAAAACUUGCUGCAGUGGCAUGUGUUGGAGCUUUUUAUGACAAGAUGGGCAGGAUGCUGGGCAGCUCUUUUCCAGACACCAUUAAUAAUCUUUUGAAGGCGGUAAAGAGUGCAGAGUCUCAAGGCAGAGGAGAGAUCCUUCUCAGCCUGCAGAAGGUGCUCUGUGGACUUGGAGGAGCUGCAGCUUCAUGUCACAGAGAUAUCUACAAGAAUGCCCGCUCUCUACUCACAGACAGGUCCAUGGCUGUACGCUGUGCGGUGGCAAAGUGCCUGUUGGAGCUGCAGAAUGAGGCAGUAUUCAUGUGGACCACAGAACUGGAGAACGUGGCCACUUUGUGUUUCAAAGCCUUGGAAGGAUCUAACUAUGGUGUUCGGGUAGCAGUGGCCAAACUGCUUGGGACAGUCAUGGCCACUGCCCUGAUGCCCAAACAAGCAGCUGUGAUGCGUCAGAACGUGAAGCGAGCCACUCUGGAGGAGGUGCUGGAGCUAAUGGCCACAGGCUUUCUGCGUGGAGGAUCUGGCUUCCUGAAGAGCGGAGGGGAAAUGUUGAAGGGGGGAGGCUCUGUCAGCAGGGAGGUGCGAGUGGGGGUCACACAGGCCUAUGUUGUGUUUGUGACUACACUUGGCGGUCAGUGGCUGGAGCGCAACUUUGCGACGUUCCUGUCCCACGUUCUGGACCUAGUGUCUCACCCACGAGCCACGCAGACACAUGUUGAGGCUGUGUACUCACGCCGCUGUGUCUCUUUCAUGCUACGUGCCACCCUGGGGGGCUUACUUGGAGAGAAAGCACAAAUUGCAGCCGGCAAAGAAAUCUGCCAAGCCAUCAGCAAGCAAAUGAGGGCUGUGGAAGCAGUUGUGAAUGACAUCAGUGGAGAGAACAAGGCAGGGGCAGCGGAUGUCUCCGCCAGUCAGCAUGUCAUGGUGUGUGCCCUAAAAGAGCUGGGCAGCCUGGUUCAGAGCUUGAGUGCCACAGCUUCUCCACUUAUCCAGGAGCCUUCCAUAGGACUCCUUGAAACUGUGACCUCAGUGCUGCUGCACCCAAGCAUGGCAGCUCGCUUGGCUGCUGCAUGGUGUUUGCGUUGUGUUGCCGUGGCGCUGCCCUAUCAGUUGACCCCACUGCUGGACCGCUGUGCGGAGAGAAUCAACAACCUGAAGAGUUCACCGGAGGCGGUGAGCGGCUACAGCUUUGCGAUGGCUGCUCUGCUGGGAGGCGUACACCAAUGUCCACUGGGUAUCCCCCACUCCAAGGGCAAGUUGGUGGUGAGUAUAGCUGAAGACCUCCUGAGGACCGCUGCUCAGAAUAGUCGACUAUCCCUGCAGCGCACACAGGCUGGAUGGCUGCUGCUGGGAGCCCUUAUGACUCUAGGUCCCUCCCUGGUGCGCUAUCACCUUCCCAAGAUGCUUCUGCUCUGGAGAAACGUGUUUCCUCGGUCCCAGAAGGAGCUUGAGGCAGAAAAGGCCAGAGGAGACUCCUUCACUUGGCAGGUCACCCUUGAGGGCCGAGCUGGAGCACUAUGUGCCAUGCGUAGCUUUGUGGCCCACUGUCCCGAGCUGCUUACAGAAGAUGUGAUCCGUAGACUGAUGACUCCCAUUGAAUGUGCCAUGACCAUGAUGUCUCAAGUCCCUGCCAUCAUUAAGGUCCAUGGUGCUCACCUGAAAGCAAGUGCAGCAAUGGUGAGGCUCCGAUUGUAUGACAUCCUGGCUCUAUUGCCUCCCAAGACCUAUGAAGGCAGUUUCAACGCCCUCCUGAGGGAACUGGUUGCAGAGUUCACUUUGACUGACAACUCGGCCAACACUACCACCUCCUUGCUGCGCUCUCUCUGUCACUAUGACGACAGUGUUCUCAUGGGUUCCUGGCUUCAGGAGACUGACCACAAGUGCAUAGAGGAUCAACUGCAGCCCAACAGUGCAUCUGGCAGCGGAGCUCUGGAACACGAUCCCUCCUCAAUCUACCUGCGUGUUCCAGUAGGCGAGGCCAUCCCAGGGCCUCUCCCAUUGGGUGUGUCUGUCAUCGAUGCUUCGGUGGCUCUGUUCGGUGUGGUUUUUCCCCAUGUCUCCUUCAAACACAGGCUGCAGAUGCUGGAUCACUUUGCAGAGUGCAUAAAGCAGGCAAAGGGAGUUCGACAGCAGGCCGUCCAACUGAACAUCUUUACUGCAGUCCUCAGUGCCCUCAAGGGUUUGGCGGAGAACAAGAGUACUUUGGGUCCUGAGGAGGUGCGUAAGUCGGCCCUGGCUCUGGUGAUGGGAGCGUUGGACAAUCCCAACCCCAUUCUCCGCUGUGCUGCUGGAGAGGCCCUGGGAAGGAUGGCUCAGGUGGUGGGAGAGGCUACCUUCAUUGCCAGAAUGGCACAGACCAGCUUUGAUAAACUGAAGUCGGCCCGUGAUGUAGUAUCGAGGACCGGCCAUUCCCUGGCUCUCGGCUGUCUGCAUCGAUAUGUUGGAGGAAUUGGCUCAGGCCAGCACUUAAAGACCAGUGUCAGCAUCUUAUUGGCUCUGGCCCAGGAUGGGUCCUCUCAUGAGGUCCAGACAUGGGCUCUACACUCUCUGGCUCUGAUUGUGGAUUCCAGUGGUCCCAUGUACAGAGGCUACGUGGAGCCUACGCUGUCUCUGGUACUCACCCUGCUCCUCACUGUGCCACCGUCUCACACAGAGGUGCACCAGUGUUUGGGCCGCUGCCUGGGAGCUCUCAUCACCACUGUGGGACCAGAAUUGCAGGGAAAUGGAGCCACUAUCUCCACCAUCCGCUCUUCCUGCCUGGUUGGUUGUGCCAUAAUGCAGGACCACUCUGAUUCCCUUGUGCAAGCCGCUGCCAUCUCAUGUUUGCAGCAGCUGCACAUGUUCGCUCCGCGUCAUGUCAACCUGUCCAGCCUGGUGCCCUGUCUAUGUGUGCACCUAUGCAGCUCUCACCUGUUGCUGCGCCGAGCUGCCGUGGCCUGCCUGAGACAGCUCGCUCAGAGAGAGGCUGCAGAGGUCUGUGAGUAUGCCAUGAGCCUGGCGAAGAGAGCAGGAGACAACACCACAAUCAAUCUAAACAUCACAGAGACCGGUCUGGAGGGCGUUCUGUUUGGUAUGCUGGAUCGGGAGACAGACAGGAAGCUGUGUUCUGAUAUCCAUGAUACACUGGGCCACAUGCUGUCAUCUCUUGCUGUGGAAAAGCUUUCCCAUUGGCUAAAACUCUGCAAGGAUGUCCUGGCAGCAACUACAGAUGUAGCAGCAGUCGUAGUAUUCGAGGUGGAAAAAGAUGAGGAAGAUUCUGAGAAAAAAGACGAGAUGGACGAUGACACCAUGUUCACAGGCCUGGGCGAUGAUGACAAGUCCAAGCCCUCUGUGGCGCCGCGCUGGGUGACGCGGGUAUUUGCCGCCGACUGCUUGUGUCGCAUCAUCCUGCUGUGCGAGAAUGACAAAGCACACUUCGACCUAGCAGCUGCCCGCUCUGCACAAGCCAAAAACCCCAAAGUGUCUGACCUCAUCCGCAUGGCCUUCAUGGCUGCUACUGACCACAGUCACCAGCUGAGGAUGGCCGGCCUGCAGGCCCUAGAGGACAUCAUUAAAAAGUUUGCAGCCGUACCAGAACCUGAGUUCCCAGGGCAUGUUAUCUUGGAGCAAUACCAGGCCAAUGUCGGAGCUGCCCUCAGACCUGCAUUUUCACCUGAUACACCAUCUGACAUCACAGCUAAGGCAUGCCAGGUGUGUAGUACGUGGAUUGGAAGUGGCGUUGUCAGUGACCUCAAUGACCUGCGGCGAGUCCACACCCUGCUUGUGUCGUCGCUGGACAAGGUGCAGGCUGGGAAAGGCUCAUCCAGUCAGCUGUACAGUGAGAGUGCCACCACGAUGGAGAAACUGGCCGUGCUAAAGGCGUGGGCCGAGGUGUAUGUGGUAGCGAUGAAGAUCAAGAAAGAGGCCCAGUCUAAGCCUUCCAAACCAGUCCGAGCUGCAGACGACGAUGAGGAUGAGGACAAUCUGGGCGCCAACGUGCUUCCACCCGACAGCCUCAUCACUCUGGUCCAGCCGGAGCUGCCCUCGCUGAGCCGCCUGUGGCUGGCCAUGCUGCGAGACUACGCUCUGCUCACUCUGCCUGCCGAGUUUUCCAGUCAGCUGCCCCCUGACGGUGGAGCGUUUUAUACUCCAGAGACUAUAGACACAGCGAGGCUCCACUAUCGCAGUUCGUGGGCCCCCGUCCUGCAUGCUGUGGCGCUGUGGCUGAGCAGCACUGGGUUUGGCGCUGGUGAAGAGGAGCUGGCUCCUGCCGUCCCUCAAGCAGCCUCCUCCACAACAAAAACCUUUGAGGAGUCGGUCAAAGACAGGAUGCAUCUAAUGUUGGGUGUCAGUAUAGAGUUUCUCUGCUUCCCCCGGCCCGAGGAACCUAUCGAACACGUGAUGUCAUGCCUGCUCGCCCUAUUCACUCUGCUGGAGUCUCCAUGUUUUAAGAUCCAUAUCGCAGAGGACCAGCUGUUGGCAGUGGAGCUCCUGAACGUGCUCCACAGGCUGCUGUUGACCCGGGAUCCUCCGGCUGUACAGCUCCAGGUCACUGCUGUCGUACAGGAGACCAUCAGGGCUGCACAGAACCAUCUGCAGCGACAAAAGGCCAGCAAUGACAAAGAGGAAGAAGGCGAGAAGGACUCUCAGGCCAGCGCAGGGGAAGGAGGAGACACAGGGGAGCUUGUCCCCGGCAAGUCUCUGGUGUUCGCAGCCAUGGAACUGCUGGUGUUCGUCCUGGUCCGCCACUUACCACAGCUCAAUGCACGUGUGAAGGAGUCACCCAGCCAUGUGCCACACAGGCCUCAGCGACUACCUGAAGAAAGUGCCCGCCUGGUGGCAAACACAGUCUCCAUCCUGGCAGAACUACCCUCGCUCUGCUCUCCUGCUGGAAGCAUGACCAUCCUACCCACGGUGCUCUUCCUAAUCACGGGGGUGCUGAGAGAAACUGCCGUUAAGACUGCUGACAACUCGGUGCCUGUGACUGUGUCAGCUGCGCUGCAGGGCAUCAAGACCAUAAUCACCUCCCCACUGGCCCGGGUGGAGAGCAUGCAGACACAGUGGACUGGCCUCGUGAGGAGCAGCCUGGCGUCCGUACUUGAGCACUCACAACCAGAGGAGUCCAGACCUGACAUGGAUGAGGUCAGUAUGUUAACAGCUAUCACACUCUUCUUGCUGUCUGCCAGCAAUGAACUUGUAGGAGUAACCGUCCUGCAGAAGGGCUGCAUGGAGCGCUUCCGAAAUGCCCUUAACUCUAGUGAUCCCUGGGUUCAGGCACGGUGUUACCAGCUACUGUUGUCAGUGUUUCAGCACUCCAGCCGUGCCCUGUCUACCCCGUACAUCCACGCUCUGGCUCCACUCAUGGUGGAGAAGCUGAAAGCAGUGGAGCGCAGUCGGCCUGGGACUGCUGCCGAGCUGCAGGCUGUGCAAGAGGGCAUCAGGGUCCUAGAGAAUCUGGUCGGCAUGGGUGAAGAGCAGAACCGGGUGCAGUUGCUGGCUCUUCUUGUACCAACUCUCAUCUCCUACCUUUUGGAUGAAAAUGCCAUCUCCUCUGCGCCCCAAGUCUCCAAAGGCCUGCAUGAUUUUGCCCUUCAAAACUUAAUGCGAAUUGGCCCCCUCUAUCCAGCUGCCUUUAAGAUUGUAAUUGGUGCCGCACCUGAGCUCAAAAUCCGUUUGGAAUCUGCUAUACUGGCCAACCAGGCCAGCAACAGAGCCAAAGCUGCAGCCAGGCAAGCUCAGCCGACUGUGCAAGCCGCACCAACCAUCAAACUCAAGACCAGCUUCUUCUGAACUCUCCAGAAUAACCUGUACACUCUCACAGCCUAAAUUAAUGUUGUAUUUUUUAGAUUUGUUUUGUUGUCUGUCAUCAAGUACCACAGAAGAAGAAGAAGAAAAGUACCACCUAUCACGUCUGUAUCAACUACAGUUUCUUAAGUGUAUUUAUUUAUUCUACAUAUACAUUCAUAUUUGUUUUUGAUGGAUGAGAACUCUUCUUGAAGUCAAGAAGAAAAUUAUGUAAAUAUCAUUAAAAGGCAUUUGAAUGUUCACAUUUUAAAAAGCUCACUUCAAAAUCUGUAGGCAAUUUUGAUUCUGGGAAUUUAUCAUUUCUGGACCCGAUGCACAUUUAUAAAGGGACACCAUUUACAUUUUGUUUAACCCUUUUUUUUCUUGAUUUUGACCUUUUUGUCUGGUCAUCAGCCCUCCAAAAGUGAAUGUUUACUGUGCCAUACUUUGCGUCACCAUGAGCAUGGCAGUUCUUUUUUUUCCUUUUUGAUUCAAAUCAUGCAUGUUUGUUUAAUGGAGCUGGUUUAGUAUAUGACCCUAGAGUCUGCUGAUUGUUACCAAUGGAUGUUUUUAAAAUCUUUUGUCUUUGUUUGAAGAGGGGUUUUCUCUUUAUGUUCUCAACAUUCCUGCUACGUGUUCUUAUGCAUACUAAAAAAUACUUUUGAUCAUAAUUUUGAGUCCAGAAGGAGAUUUUAUUACAGCCCUUUUUAAAUAUUAAAUGCAUCACACUUUCAAAUUGUUUUUGAGCAGAAAUUGUAAAUAUACUGUAAUUAUCACAGAGACAGUUAAUUGUCUGCUAAUAAAUGGGGGGCAUGCAGGGGGCAUACUACAUAAUAUGUGCUGCAUAUCACAGUUGUAUAGCUUAUAACUUGAUUUUUGCUCCAUAUGUCUGUCUAUGUGUAAUUUGCUACAUGAAUGGGUGAGCAUCAGCUACCAUCAUAAAUUGGCAGAUUUGUUGUUGAAAUGAUCCAGUUACAUUCCACCCUCAUUUCUUCGAAAUGUAAAUAAAGUUGAUUUGACCUCA